ACCCAUAUAACAAAUAAUCGCUGGAUAAGAGAAAACCUCUACUCAAUGGGGACUGAGGGAAGGAAUUGGCAACAAAAUCCGUCACCAAAAACCAAACUCCACACAUAGAAGAUUUUAGCGUCUGUCUAAUCACAUUUGACUCAUUCAUCACUAUAUAAGAUAUCACCAAACAAGUCUCACAAACCAAACCAUUUGAACCAACAAAAACACACACAAACUCUCUACACAAAAUGGCUUCGAUCUCAAAACACUUGCUUCCCUUCUUGUUUCUGUCCCUUUUUGAGUUGUUCGGAGUCUCCCAUGGCCGGAAGCUUACUGCAUUGCCUGAUAAGGAGGGCGCUGCUGGUGGCGGUAGUGAUUCUUCCAUGCAAUGCGUGCAGAAACUGAUUCCUUGUCAGGCGUAUUUGAAGGCGCCGGAGAAGGCUCCCUCAACGUGCUGCUUGCCACUAAAGAAGUUGGUUUUGGAUAAUACCGAGUGCCUUUGCACCCUCUUCAACAACGAUGACAUGUUGAGCAACUUUAACAUAACGCAGGGUGAUGCCUUGAAGCUUUCCAAGGCUUGUGAUGCCAAUGCUGACAUUUCAGUAUGCAAAAAGGAUGCAGCAUCACCAGUCAGUACAGCAUCACCUUCUAACAACAGUUCUUCCUCAGGCAACUCUCCCGGCAGUUCAAAGAGUGCAGCUUACGCGCUGUCCCCACUCGCCGGAUCUGGUUUUGCUGUCGUCUUCAUGGCUUUGAUCAUUGCAGCAUUUUAGGGUUUUCAGUUUAGUCAAUCAUCAGUCAUAAGCCAUCUAAUCAGAUUAAUGAGGACUGUGUUUUGUUUGCUGCUGGAAUUUUUUAGUAUGCUCCGAAUCAUUCUAUACACCAAGUUUUAUUACUAGCA